GAACAAACAUUCAUCGUUCUCAUAUUCUAUUGUUGGCCGCACACAACUUACCCUCUCUCCAUCCACACAUCAUACAGCACACAAACUGGCCCUUCAGCCCAACUGGCCCAUGCUGACCAAGAUUCCCAUCUAAGUUAGUCGACCUUCUCGCAUUUAGUCCGUAUCCCUCUAAGCAAGGCAUUCCCAACCUGGAACACACAAACCCCUUGCUUAACCAUAUUGAUCCAUGGCAUAAAAAACGUUGGGAACCUUGUAUUAAAUUUUUCCAAUCCAUGUCCCUGUCCAAUUCCCUUUUAAAUGUUCUUAAUAUACCUGCCUCAACCACUUCCUCUGGCAGCUCAUUCCAUUGAAGACAUUGCCCCUCAGAUUCCCAUUCAACCUCUCCCAUCUUAUUUGUACACUCUAAUUCUUGAUGUCCCAACCCUGGAAAAAAGACUAGGUACUAUGCCCCUCAUGUUUUAAUAUACAUCAUUCUCCUAUAUUCCAAUGAAAGAAGUCAAGGUGUCGGUAAGGCCUAAUUUUGAGUAUUAUGUGCAGUUUUGACACCUACCUACAGGACAGAUGUAAACAAGGUUGAAAGAGUACAGAAAAUACAUUACAUGGAUGUUGUGGUGUCUGGUGGCUCUGAGUUAUCAAGAAAGACUGAAUAGGUUAGGACUGUAUUCUUUAGAACGUAGAAGAUUAAGAAGAGAUUUAAUCAAGGUAUACAAAAUUAUGAGGGGUAUAGAUAGGGUAAAUGCAAGCAGGCCUUUUUCCACUGGAAAAGUGGAAAAUACAACUAGAGGUCAGUGGUUAAGGGUGAAAGGUGAGAAGUUUAAGGGGAGUAUGAAGGGAAACUUCUUCACUCUGAGGGUUGUGAGAGUGUAGAAUGAGCUACCACAACAAGUAGUGCAUGCGAGCUCGAGUAGGGAGGACUAUGGUCCUAGUGCAGGUCGAUAGGAGUAGGCAGUCUAAAUGGGUUAGGCCUGGACUAGAUGGGCUGAAGGGCCUGUUUCUGUGCUGUACUUCUCUGAUUCUAUUACUCUAUGUCAUCCAUUGUAAUGAAGUGUUUUGAGAGGCUGGUGAUGAAAGAUAGCAACUCCUGUAUGAGAAGCAACUUGGAUCCACUCCAAUUUGCCUUCUAGAGCAACAGGUCCACAGCAGAUGCCAUUGGCUCAACCCUGGAACAUCUUGACAGCAAUCACGCAUUCAUCAGGACAUCUUUCAAUGAACAUGGCUUAGCAUACAAUACUGCCAUCCCCUCAUUACUAAUCAAUAAGCUUCAAGACUCUGGCCUCAAUACUUCCUUAUGCAACUAGAUCCUUGAUUUCUUCUCUUACAAACCCCAGUCAGUUCAGGUUGGCAACAGCGUUUCCAUAAUCUCCAUCAGCACAAGUGCACCACAAGGCUGUGUGCUUGGCUUCCUGCUCUGCUCACUUUUAAGUGUCAACCUAGAAUCAUUAAAAAGUACAGCACAGAAACAGGCCCUUCAGUCCAUCUAGUCUGUGCCAAACCAUUUUAACCUCCCGUUGACCGGCACCAGGAACAUAACCCUCAAUACCCUUUAUCAUCCAUUUACCUAAGCUUCCCUCAAAUGCUGAAAUUGAGCUCGUAUGCACCAUUUGUGUCGGCAGCUCAUUCCAUACUCUCACAACCUUCUGAGUGAAGAUGUUUCCCUUCAAUGUUACUAUUAAACUUUACACAUUUCACUCUUAAUCCAUGACCUCGUUUUAGUCCCACCCAAUCUCAGUGGAAAAAGUCUGCUUGCAUUUACCCUAUCUAUAACUAUAACUGUCAUAAAUGUGUAUAUUUCUAUUAAAUAUCCCCUGCAUCUUCUAUAUUCCAAGGAAUAAAACCCUAACCCAGGGGUCGGCAACCUGCGGCUCUUUCAUCUCUGUGCUGCGGCUCCCUGUGGCUUUGGAAAAUAAAUGAUGAGUAUUUAAUUAAAAUGUAUUUUAUGUUAGUUUUUGAAAUGUAAUUCUAAAUUUAAAGAUUAUGGUGAUCUUGGGCAAUCUAAAUAAAACGUGUUUUUUGUCGCUAUUAAUAUACGUCACCACUGCCAAUGCCUGACACCCGCCAGUGCGCGAUUUCUUUAAUUUUUCGAUCCAAGGUAGGCUAACUAUGGAGAAUUCUAAAAAAAGAAAAGUGACUGAAGAAAACAGAACGUUUACUGAUACGUGGGCAGAUUCAUUUGCUUUCACUGAUGACGAGACUGGUUUACCGGUAUGCUUAAUAUGCAAUGAGAAACUAGCAAACAACAAAAAGUCAAAAGUCGCAAGACAUUUCCAGAAUAAACACGCAGCCUUUGCUCAAAAAUAUCUGGAUGGAGAUGAGAGAAAAAAGGCCGUUUCGGAACUGAUGCGGAAAGUUGAUCUGAGCAAAAAUUAUUUCAAGAAGUGGAUGAAGUCUGGAAAAUCAACGACAUAUGCUAGUUUUGUUUCCGCUCAGGAAAUAGUCAGGCACGGGAAGCAGUUUACAGAUGGUGAAUAUAUAAAAGAAUCUUUCAUUAAGAUUUCAGAACAUCUAUUCACGGACUUUAAAAACAAGAGUGAAAUUGUGCAGAAAAUCAGGCAUAUGCCCCUCUCUGCAAAGACUGUCAAAGACAGAACCAUAAAAAUGGCAGAAGACAUCACAAGACAGCAAAUUAAAGACAUCAAUUCAGCUGUGGCCUACUCGAUUGCCUGUGACGAGUCUAAAGACAAAGGUGAUAUUGAACAAAUAGUGCUGUUCUGCCGGUAUGUAAACUCUGCCAGGCCACAGGAAGAAAUGAUUGAGUUGAUACCUCUAAAAGGCCAAACACAGGGGGAGGACAUCUGUGAGGCUGUCUUGAAUUGUUUAAGAGCCAAAGUAAUAAAGACCACCCACCUGGUGUCAGUAGCUACUGAUGGGGCACCAAGUAUGACAGGAGCGCACAAGGGAUUUGUGGUUUUACUGCAGAAGUCGCUGGACAGAAAGCUGCUGACUUUUCACUGCAUCUUGCACCAAGAGGCACUGUGCGCUCAAACAUUUUCUCCGGAAUGCACAGAAGUAAUGGAUGUUGUCAUUCAGAUUGUCAAUAAAAUAAUGGCAAAAAGUUUAAAUCACCGUCAAUUCCGUUUGUUACUGGACGAGCUGGAAAGCGCAUAUUCUGAUCUCCUGCUACACAACAAAGUCCGGUGGCUGUCAAGAGGGGAGGUGCUGAAACGCUUUGUCGCGUGUCUGGAAGAAGUGAAAACUUUCCUGGGCAGCAAAGGGCUCACCUUUCCUGAGCUGGAACAGCCAGAGUGGCUGGAAAAGCUACACGUCAUGGUAGACAUGACAGCGCACCUGAACACGCUGAACACAGCUCUUCAGGGGAAAGGACGCACAGCUCUACACAUGUUGGAGGAUGUUUUGGCAUUCGAGCGCAAGUUGACAGUGCUUGACAGAGAUUUACAGAAAGGCACAUUGUCUCACUUCUCCAAUUUGAGAGAGUUCAAACAAGCUCAUGACAUGAUAAUUUCGGAAUAUUUACAUUCUGUAAUCAUCGCAAUGCAAACAUCGUUUGGGAAACGCUUCUGUGAGUUCAGAGAGGUAAAAAACAUAUUAUCCUUCCCGGUCACUCCCCUAAGCAUCGAUCCAUCCCUACUGAAUACGACUGCAUUGGCAGGUGUGAGUCAACCUGAUCUUGAGAUGGAACUAGGCGACAUAGCCGACAAAGACAUAUGGGUGUCCAAGUUUAGACGCUUGACAGCAGACCUUGAAGAUGUUGCCCGUCAGAAGGCCGUUCUUGCUCAGAAUCACAAAUGGAGUGAUAUUGAAAACCUCCCCAAACCGGACAAACUUGCGUUCGAAACAUAGAAUGCUAUCCCCGACAUUUAUGUAAACAUUAAAAAGUAUGCGCUUGGAGUCCUGUCGAUCUUUGGAUCCACAUAUGUAUGUGAGCAGGUGUUCUCCAACAUGAACUUUAUUAAAAUCAAACAUCGUGCACGCCUCACAGAUGACAGCUUGCGAUCCUGUGUGAAGAUGAAGGUGACGUCAUCCAGCCCUGAUGUGCAGACGCCGUGCGCUGAGGUCCAGGAGCAGAAAUCCCAUUAACCAAGUUGACAGCUGGCUGACGUUAUUUUUGGUUUGCUGCUGGCAGACAAUUUAAGUUCGGCGUUUUUCAUAAAUACAAGAAGGACUCAAAUAGACAUUGAGUAUUUUACUUAAAAGUAACCUUCAACCCAACGUCUUUUGUUCGGAGUUCAAAAAGUUUUUGUUGCAUGCAGAAAUGUAAUCUCGUUUUCUCUGCAGGAGUUCAUCAAUUUCAUAAAUGCAACACAUUAUAGUUUGUUUAUACAUAGCAUAAAGGCAAAAAAAACGUUGUAUGCAGUGUUAUUUCAUUUUAAAUGUGAAAUGGGUUUUGUGGCUCCCAGUGUUUUCUUUUCUGUGGGAAACGGGUCCAAAUGGCUCUUUCAGUGGUAAAGGUUGCCGACCCCAGCCCUAACCUAUUCAAGCUUUCUUAAAACUCAGGUUCUCCAGCCUUGGCAACACGCUUGUAAAUUUUCUUCGUACUCUUUCAACCUUAUAUCUUUCAUGCAGGUAGGGGACCUAAAUUGCAUACAAUACCCCAAAUCAGGCCUCACCAACACCUUCUACAACUUCAACAUAACAUUCUGUACUCAAUACUUCGAUUUAUGAAGGCCAAUGUGCCAAAAGCUUUCUUUACAACUCUUUCUACCUGUGAUACCACUUUUAAUGAAUUAUGGACCUGUAUUCCUGGACCCCUUUGUUCUACAGCACUCCUUAGUGCCCUAUGGUACACUGUGUAAGAUCUACCUUCGUGGGUCAUCCGCCAAUCUGCUUAACCACAUUAUCAUCCAGACCGUUGAUAUAGAUGACAAAAAAUAACUGACCUGGCACCAAUCCCUGCCGCACACCACUAGUCACAGGCUACCAUCUACUACCACUCUUUGGGUUCUCCCAAACCACAAAGCCAUUGUCUCAUUCAGUAUACUAUCUCCUAAGACAAUAAGACGUAGGAGCAGAAUUAGGCCAUUCAGCCCAUCGAGUCUGCUCUGCCAGUCCAUUAUGGCUGAUUCCAGAUCCAACUCAACCCCAUACAACCUGCCUUCCCACCAUAUCCUUUGAUGCUCAAACCAAUCAGAAAACAAUCAUGUUCCAUCUUAAAUAUACCCAUGACUUGGCCUCCACCACAGUCUGGGUAGAGCAUUCCCCAGAUUCGCUACUCUCUGGCUGAAAAAUUCUUCCUUACCUCUGCUCUAAAAGGUCACCCCUCAAUUUUGAGGCUGUGCCCUCUAGCUCUGGAUACUCCCAAAAUAAAAAAACAUCUACUCCACAUCACCCUAUUUAGUCCUUUCAACGUUCGGUAGGUUUCAAUGAACUCAAAGCUGCCAAACGCUCUUCAUCUGGUAACCUUUUCAUAAUUCGUUCCUGGAAUCAUCCUUCUGGACUCUCUCCAAUGACAACACACCCUUUUUCUGAGAUAUGAUCCUAAACACGAGUAAAUCAACAACUCCACUCUAAGAAGGGAAGAAGGCAAAAGAAAGGAAAUUAUAAGCAAGAUAGUCUAAACCUCGGUGAUUGGGAAAGUGUUGCAGCCUAUUAUUUAGGAUGAGGUUUUGGGGUACUUGAUAAAAUACCGUAAAUCAAAAGUCAGCAUAGUUUCUGUAAAGGGAAAUCUUGCCUGGCAGAUCUGUUAAGUCUUUUGAGGAAGUAACAAGCAGGAUGGACAAAGGACAGGCAGUGGAUGUCAUUUACUUGGAUUUUCAGAAGGUGUUUGGUAAGGUACCACACAUAAAGCUGCUUAACAAGAUAUAAUCAUAUGGUGUUACAGGAAAGGUACUGGCAUGGAUAGAGGAAUGGAUGAUAGGCAGAAGUUAGCAAGUGGGGAUAAAAGGGGCUUUUUGUGGUUGGUUGCUGGUGACUAGUGGUGUUCCUCAGUGGUCAGUAUUGGGACCGCUGUUUCUCACAUUAUUUAUUAAUGAUUUAGAUAACUAAAUUGAUGGUUUUGUGGCAAAGCUUGCAGACGAUAUGAAGAUAGAUGGAGGAGUAGGUAGUGCUGAGUAGGUACACUGGUCCAUUAAGACCUUUUCGCAGUACCGUAUGUGCAUGGAACUCAGCAAGUCAGGCAGCAUCUAUGGAAAGACUGAACUAUUUCCAUCUUUAAUAUCUUUAUUUUUCCCUUUCAGGGUUCUUUUGAAGACGCUGACUUUGGUACUUUGUAGGAUUGGGACUGGCUCUCGGAGUUUCAUAACUGGCCAUUGUUUGGCAUGCCUAGGGCUCGGCCUAAGAGUGGCUCAGAGUUAGAAGUCUAGGGUCUCAGGGCUCUGGAGACAGAUGGAUCAAGGAUCGGUGUCGUCGAGGGAGUCGGUAAAUCUGCUGCUGUAUGCCUGGAGACACAGGAUCUUUGAGAUCUUCAGGCACAGAACUCAGAAAAAGCGACGUAACGGACUUCUAACAUCAUAAACCAGCGAGUUGUUUGUUAUGCCUCCCUGCUAACUGGGAAAAUGGAGACACCUCCUUCUCCCUUAUUAGGGAGAAAGAGAGCCUGUGGUAUGUCGUAUAUUGGGUAAAAUGUGAAGUCUUUGGGGUAACUGCAAGUCUGUGUCUUUGUUAUUGCUUUGCUCACACUUGAGUGCUUGGUGGCAGGUGCUGAUGCCUUUUUUGCCGGUGGGGGGAGGGGGGAUUAUUGCUCACUGCUGAUUAUGCACGGAGGGGAGGGAAUCUGGGAGUGACUUUGGCAUUCUAGCUUUAAACUGUCAUUCAUUCUUUGGGCACUCCUCUGUUUUCAUGGAUGAUUGCAAAGAUAAAGCAUUUCAGUAUGUAUAUUGUAUACAUUUCUGACAUUAAAUUGGACCAUUGAACCUUUAAACAGUUCUGAUGAAGGUCUCAACCCAAAACGUUGACUGUUUAUUCACCUUCCAUGGAUACUGCUUGACUUGCAGAGUUACAUCUUAUAUGUAGUGCUCAAGAUUACCAGCAUUUGCAGAAUCUCUUGUGGCUCUGAUUUGCUGCUUCACUGUCAAGUCUCUUCAAGGUAUCCCUACUCUUUCUUACUUUCUUCACAGAAGUACAGUGAGAUUCUCUCUUACUGCUCCCCCUCUGAGAUCUCUGCUGUUCUGAGUCCUGACGAAGUGUCUUGGUCCGAAACAUUGACUGUUUAUUCCCCUCUGUAGACGCUGUCAGACCUGCUCAGUUCCUCCAGCAUUCUGUAUGCAUUACCAAGGAACAGGUUUUGUUCUUUACAGUGUAUUUCUGCAGCUGGCCCGAAGGGGGUGUGGAAGAGCAGACUGCUCCUAAGCAGGGAGCUGG